UUGUUCGAUAUUCUUUCGUGAAUUAUAUUGUUGUCAAUGGGCUCGCCCAUACGCUUUUCUCUGUCAGUCACCAUGGUGGCACGAAGCGGAGAGCUUUGGCGAUCGCCUUGUCUUUUUUAAUGACAAACAGUCCCCGGGAUAUAUUACACAUUAUUCUGCGCGUGGCGGUGAGAUAUAUUGGACGUUUGGCUCGUGGCAAAUGGACGGACUGGGAGCGAUUGGGUUUCAGGCGCUUUGAACGGCGCCCUGGACUUGUUUCAAAAGCAGAAUGCAGAAGAAGACGGACGGGCUGCAUAGAUCUUAAGUGGGUUUUUUUUAGCCGCGGUGGAUGACUCGAGGGGGGGGGGAGGAUGUGCUGAAUUUAUUUAAACUCUUGAAGUAAUCGGGGGGACCGCAGAGAUACACCGAGGAGGCCGAUCGUCUUCUGGCAGCAGAUCUAGGUGGAUCCUUUAGCUUUCCUCGGGGAUUGGCUGCGGGGACGAAGCACCCAAACCCCGUGGCUCCGGCUCCGGCUCCGGCUCCGGGGCACGGAGAUCCGCAGAUCGCCGCAUAGCCGGAGCGUUUUGCCGGGGGAAAAGCCAGUAACGGGCAAGGACUGAAGCAGCCCCAGAAGUGGGAGCCGUUUUUGUGUGCGUGUGCGGCGCUGCAUGCUCUUCACGUCCUGCCACCAGAAAGAAUGGCGUCCUACGUGGAUAACAGCUUCCGACAGGCGGUCAUGAAAAACCCGGCCGAAAGGACGCAACAGGACCUGGAGAUCGUCUACUCGUACCUGCACGGAAUGGAGGCCCUGUCCAACCUGAGAGAGCACCAGUUAAGGAUGAUGUGUGAAACUGUGCGGUACGAAAGGCAUGAGGCCAACGCCGUUUUAUACUAUCCCGAUGACAUUGGCACCUGCUGGUACAUCCUCCUGUCUGGCUCCGUGUUCAUCAAGGAGUCCAUGUUCUUGCCGAGAAGCAGCUUCGGCAAGCGUUCGGCUGGCAGUCUGCGCCGUGGCUGUGAGUGCAUCGUGCUGGAGCCCUCAGAGAUGAUUGUGGUCGACUAUAUGGAUGAAAAUGAGGAGUAUUUUCAGCGGCAAGCGUCACACCGACAGUCCCGCAGAAGGUUCCGGAAAAUUAAUCAAAAAGGAGAAAGGCAAACUAUCAUCGAUACGGUUGACCCAUAUCCAGUCGGGAAGCCUCCGUUACCCCGGGCGUACCACACGGAAUGCCCUAAAUCACAGCUUCCCGCCGACUUCACCAAGCUCCACCUGGCCGACGGCCUCCAUCCGCAGGUGACCCCCGUCACCUCCAGUCACUCGGGAUGUAGCAUCACCAGCGAUUCGGGAAGCAGCAGCCUGUCGGACAUCUACCAGGCCACGGAGAACGAGGCCGGAGACAUGGACCUGAGCGGGCUGCCCGAGACCGCCGUGGACUCCGAGGAAGAUGACGACGAGGAAGACAUCGAACGCGCCUCGGACCCCCUCAUGAGCAGGGACAUCGUGCGGGACUGUCUGGAGAAGGACCCCAUGGACAGGACAGACGACGACAUUGAACAAUUACUGGAAUUCAUGCACCAGCUUCCUGCUUUUGCCAACAUGACCAUGUCCGUGCGUCGGGAGCUGUGCGCAGUCAUGGUGUUUGCCGUGGUGGAACGUGCCGGAACCGUCGUGCUCAAUGACGGCGAGGAGCUGGACUCCUGGUCGGUGAUCCUGAAUGGCUCGGUGGAGGUGACCUACCCAGAUGGGCGCGCGGAGAUCCUCUGCAUGGGCAACAGCUUUGGGGUCUCGCCCACCAUGGGGAAGGAGUACAUGAAAGGGGUGAUGAAGACCAAGGUGGACGACUGUCAGUUCGUGUGCAUCGCUCAGCAGGACUACUGCUGCAUCCUCAACCAAGUGGAGAAGAACAUGCAGAAGGUGGAGGAGGAGGGCGAGAUCGUCAUGGUGAAAGAACACCGCGAGCUGGACCGCACCGGUACCCGAAAGGGACACAUUGUCAUCAAGGGGACUACGGAACGACUGACCAUGCAUCUCGUGGAGGAGCAUUCGGUGGUGGACCCCACCUUCAUCGAGGACUUCCUGCUGACGUACAGGACCUUCCUCACCAGCCCCAUGAUUGUGGGGAAGAAUCUCCUGGAAUGGUUUAAUGAUCCCAGCCUCAGGGACAAGGUUACACGGGUAGUGUUGCUGUGGGUAAACAAUCACUUCAAUGACUUCGAAGGGGACCCCGCAAUGACUCGUUUUCUUGAAGAAUUCGAGAAUAAUCUAGAGAGAGAGAAAAUGAGUGGGCAUUUGAGACUGUUAAAUAUUGCCUGUGCUGCCAAAGCCAAACUGAGGGUCGUGACACUCACCAAACCCUCGAGGGACGCCCCGCUGCCCUUCACGCUCCUGGGCGGCUCAGAGAAGGGCUUCCGGAUCUUCAUUGACAGCGUCGAGGCUGGGAGCAAGGCCGCUGAGGCGGGCCUGAAGCGUGGGGAUCAGAUAUUGGAGGUGAAUGGGCAGAACUUCGAGAACGUCCCUCUUUCCAAAGCCACAGAAAUCCUGAAGAACAACACGCACUUGUCUAUCACUGUGAAAACAAACCUGUUAGUGUUCAAGGAGCUUCUUGCCCGGCCGGCGGAGGAGAAGAAGAACGGUGCCCCCCAUCUGCCAAAGAUCGGCGACAUCAAGAAGGCCAGCCGCUUCUCCAUACCAGACUUGGCCGUGGAUGUGGAGCAGGUGAUGGGCCUGGACAAGGCCAACAAGAAGACCAAAGCCAACACCGUUGGUGGAAGGAACAAACUCAAGAAGAUACUCGACAAGACUCGCAUUAGUAUUCUACCCCAGAAGCCGUACAAUGACAUUGGGAUUGGCCAGUCCCAGGAUGACAGCAUAGUCGGCCUCAGGCAGUCCAAGCAGAUUCCUGCUGCUCUUCCUGUCAGCGGGACGCUGUCCUCGAGCAACCCAGAUCUUCUGCAGUCCCACCAUCGUAUCCUGGACUUCAACAACCCGCCUGCCACAGGGCCCAGUAAUUUGCCCGAUCAGGUGCUGAGGGUCUUCAAAGCUGAUCAGCAGAGCCGCUACAUCAUGAUCAGCCGGGAUACGACGGCCAAGGAGGUGGUGGCCCAGGCGAUGCGGGAGUUUACCUUGACGGGCACCGCUGAGGCUUACUCCCUGUGCGAGGUGUCCGUUACCCCCGAGGGCGUCAUCAAGCAGAGGCGGCUGCCCGACCAGCUCUCCAAGCUAGCCGACAGGAUCCAGCUGAGUGGAAGGUACUACCUGAAGAACAACAUGGAAACGGAGACUCUGUGCUCGGAUGAGGAUGCACAGGACCUCCUGAGGGAGAGCCAGAUCUCCCUGCUGCAGCUCAGCACGGUGGAGGUGGCCACACAGCUCUCCAUGAGGAACUUUGAGCUCUUCUGCAACAUCGAGCCCACAGAGUACAUCGAUGACCUCUUCAAGCUCAAGUCCAAGAUGGGUUCUACAAAUCUUAAGAAGUUUGAGGAGCUGAUCAACCAGGAGACCUUCUGGGUGGCCUCAGAGAUUGUACGCGAACCAAACCAGUUGAAGAGGAUGAAGAUCAUCAAGCACUUCAUUAAGAUUGCACUCCACUGCCGCGAGUGCAAGAACUUUAACUCCAUGUUCGCCAUCAUCAGUGGCUUGAAUCUGGCCCCUGUCUCUCGACUGCGAGGCACCUGGGAAAAGCUUCCCAGCAAGUAUGAGAAGCUCUUCCAAGACCUUCAAGAUCUCUUUGACCCUUCCAGAAAUAUGGCCAAGUACCGCAACGUUCUAAACAAUCAGAACCUCCAGCCUCCCAUAAUCCCCCUCUUCCCAGUCAUCAAGAAGGACCUUACUUUCCUCCAUGAAGGCAACGAUUCUAAAGUCGAUGGAUUGGUGAAUUUCGAGAAGCUGAGGAUGAUCGCAAAAGAGAUCAGGCACGUCGGGCGGAUGGCAUCUGUAAACAUGGAUCCUGCACUCAUGUUCAGAACGAGGAAGAAGAAGUGGAGAAGUUUGGGGUCCCUCAGCCAGGGCAGCGGUAAUGCGGCCAUGCUGGACGUGGUGCAGACGGCGGGCCACAAGAAGCGCGUCCGCCGCAGCUCCUUCCUCAACGCCAAGAAGCUGUACGAGGACGCCCAGAUGGCGAGGCGCGUCCGCCAGUACCUGUCCGACCUGACGCUGGACACCAGCGAGGAUAGCCUGCAGACCAUGUCCCUCCAGUGCGAACCGUCCACCAACACCUUGCCCAAGAAUGUGGGUGACAAAAAGAAGCCCGACACGUCGCCUGUGAUUCCUCGGGCCAACCAGCCGAAGCAGCCGCAGAAAGGUGGCCAGGGCCUGCAGGUGCCUGCUGUGUCUCUCUACCCGUCGCGCAAGAAGGUUCCGGUGAAGGACCUACCGCCAUUCGGUACAAGUUCACCUCAGUCUCUGAAGAAAAUCCUGGCUCUGUCUGAAGAAGCGAGUGAACGGCAAAAAAAGGCACCUGAAGACGCCGUAUCCAGUGCUUCCUCGCAACUGUCCACCCCCCCCACCUCCCCCCAAAGCUCCCCCCGGAAAGGAUGUCCACUGAAGAGAAAUCACGUCAUUAGACGUGUGUCCUUCGGUGACAGGCAGAGACUGUCGGGUGGCAGUCAGCUGAGGUCCCCCCUCUCCAGGCAGUCAGACCUAACCGGCUCCUCCUCUUCCCUCGCAAGUGAGAACAGUAACGGGAAUAACAAUGGUGCCGCAUGGACCUGUGGGAUAGGGUAUUCGUUGGGGCCUGGCGGGGCGGUAGACAACUUGUCAGAUUCGGGCCACAGCGAGAUAUCGUCGCGGUCCAGCCUCGUGAGCGAAUCGUCGCUGGAGCUGCUCAACGAGGAGAGAAGGCAGAGGCACGCGGCCUGUUUGGGUGAUGCCCACCUCGCUGGGUCACGGAUGGAGCGCAAGGCUACCCUGGACCCCGACCAGUACAGCCUCGGGUCUUAUACUUCCAUUCACGAGGGCCGGCAUCUUUACUCGGGGAGCACCGUGCUGUCCUCCCCCAGCUCCGAGGAGCUGACCCAGGAUCAGGGCGACCGGGCGUCCCUCGACGCGGCAGACAGUGGCCGGGGAAGCUGGACAUCCUGCUCCAGCGGCUCCCAUGACAACAUCCAGACCAUCCAGCACCAGCGCAGUUGGGAGACACUGACCUUUGGCCUGCCGCACCUAGACGGCCCUGCAGAGGGCGCUGGUCUGUGGCCCACCGACGCCCCUGCGUACCCAGAACACGGGGCCCGGCCCGGACAGGUGCGCGGCAGCUGCUGGGGUGAGGACUCCGAGGGUGACACCGGAACCAUAAAGCGCCGGGGAGGGAAGGACGUCGGCUCCGACCCGGAGACCAGCAUGAUCUUGGACGCCCCCAGGCAGCUCGGCCGGCCCACUCACUUACCGGCAUCCUCUGGCGCCCCUAAAAAUCUCAUCGUGCGGAAGGACAGCCGGUUCCGGGACCCUCCCCCUACACCGCCGGGCUACAGGGCCCUGACCGAGUUCGCAGAACCGCCAGUGCACCCGGGCCGCAAGCCUCCGGAUUACAACGUGGCUCUGCAGCGCUCGCGGAUGGUGACGCGCUCCUGCGACUCCCCCCAGCCCCCCUCCCGGCCACCCAGCCGGCUCCAGUGGAGUAAGCCCGCCGACGGGGACCCCCGGCACCCCCACUUCCCGUCCCAAGGGCACUCUGCCGAGGAAGAGGAGGGUGAGUCCUUGUCUCCGAAACUUAUUCCUCAGAGGAAGACAAUGGCAUACACACCCGAGACUACCAAGCCGUGAAUUACAGGCAGGCACCAGGCAGAAGAUGAACAAGUGUCUGCAGUCUGAGGAUGGCGCCAUCUAUUGGAAUUUAUGUGCAGCGGUGCCAGGAGUCAGUCUUGGACAGAGUACGGGACAUGGACUGGGGGGUGGGGGAGUUGUCCUCCAACCUUAUCAGAUUGGGGGGAGUGUCCCCCUUCCCCUUCCCUGCCUUAAAUAAGCACGGGGAUUUGAGUUCCCUGCAUGAAAGAUACUGUGAAACAUGGAAAAACAAAACGAAACUUUAAAAAAAAAAAAAA